AUAAUUGGCAGUUAAUUUAGUCACCGAUUUUUGUUAGAUAAUUGUGCAUAUUGGAAUGGCUGCGAAGACUACGAAAGUAUCUUUUGAGGAUGCUCUAACUAUGACAGGUUUCGGCCGGUUCAACCUAGCAAUGCUGGUAGUCUGCGCCAGCACCAUCUGCGCUGUGGCGUACGAGACAGCCUCUGUGGCGUAUCUGGUACCAGCCAACGCAUGCGAGCUUAAUACUACGUCAGCACAACAAGGUUUCAUGGCCGGGAUACCACUCAUUGGGAUUCUUCUGUCAUCAAACAUCUGGGGCUACCUGGGUGAUACGCGAGGCAGGAGAAAGAUUCUCCUCGUCGCCACGUGCCUCACCUUCUUCACAGCUGCCUCCGCCACCUUGGCCCCCAAUUGGAUUGUCUUUUGCGUCUUGAAGUUUUUGUCUUCAUCCUCAAUGGCCGGUUCCUUUGGACUGUCUUAUACUAUGAUGAGCGAAUGCACUCCGGUACAUAGAAGGUUUACUAUGAUUCAGUUGCUGGUCUCUGUGUUUUUACUCUCUGCAGGCUCCAUGGCGGCUUUAGCGAUUCCAAUACUCCCUUUGAAGUUCUCCUACGACGUUCAAUUUCUGGGCAUACAGUUCAACUCCUGGCGCGUUCUGAACAUCGUAUACAGCCUGCCAUGCGCAGUCGCUGCUUUUUGCUUUUACUUAUCAGUCGAAAGCCCUAAGUUUCUUCUCAGCAUCGGCAGGGAAGAAGAAGCCUUGAAGGUCUUGAAGAAAAUUUACAUGAUUAAUCAUUAUGACGGUGAUUAUGAGGUGACGUCAGUGUACCUUGAAGAGGAUUCCUCACCAGCGGUGACGGGUUUCUGGUCUUCCGUCGUCUCGCAAACUACACCAUUGUUCAAACCACCACUGCUCAAGACCACGCUGCUUUUGGGAACAUUGUUUAUUAUUGUUUAUAUCUGCUCUAAUCCUUACACGGUCUGGUUGCCAUACAUGUUUGACCGAUUCAUGAAGUCCUUGGAGAAGGGAGACAGCGGCCUCAACUACUGUGAUAUGUUCAGAUCUUCAAAGAGCGUUAACACAACGGAUUACUUCCACGAGGUUAAAGAUUGUUCGCUGAACAACAUAGCGAUGAUGAUGUUGAUUGGCAUGAACAUUUUCUUGGCGAUUGUCAAUGGCUUACUUGCGGUGCUGCUGCGAUGGUUAAGCAGAAAGGGCAUGCUCAUUACACUUCAGCUGUCAGCAGGCUUGGCUGGUCUGAUGUUGAACUUCAGCACCAACUGGGUGCUGACAGCCGUGCUGUUCACAAUCUUUUACAACGCGGUGCUCAACUUCGGGCUUCUAUCAACUUUCAGCGUCGAUCUCUUCCCUACUUAUGUUAAAGCUAUGGGAGUAUGCCUGACACUGAUGAUGGGGCGAGGCAGUGCCGUGGUGGGUAUCAACGUGCUCAAGGACAUGCUCGAGCGCAACUGCGAGCUCUCCUUCUAUGUCUUCGGGGGACUUACGUUCGUUGGAGGUUUGAUUGCUUUCUUACUGCCAAUGGAUAAGAAAAAAGACAGCGUGGAGUCGAAAAAUGUUGCGGAAACUUGAAAUGUUUAUGGAUACGUUGCGAGGCUGCUAA